UUCUCGAGGCGGGAGAGAGAGAAAGAAGAGAGGGAGAGAUAUCGAACAUCAAUGGCGUCUCUGCAACUCUGCGACGGUUAUCUUCUCUUCAAGCCCUCUGUUUCUCCUCAACGCAUCUCUCACCGCCUCAUCCCUAAAGCCUCCGCUUCACCGUCUUCUUCUUCUUCCUCCUUAUCUUUCAGUCGGCGGGAGCUUUUAUACCAAUCGGCGGCUGUAUCACUCUCCAUUGUUGGACCAGUAAAAGAAGCAAAAGCUGAUGAACAGUUAUCUGAAUGGGAAAGAGUGUUUCUCCCAAUCGAUCCCGGUGUUGUUCUUCUCGACAUUGCUUUCGUCCCCGACGAACCUAGCCGCGGGUUUUUACUGGGAACGAGACAGACUCUAUUAGAGACUAAAGACGGUGGAAACACUUGGAAUCCACGCUCGAUUCCCUCAGCUGAAGAGGAAGAUUUCAAUUAUAGAUUCAAUUCGAUUAGCUUUAAAGGCAAACAAGGAUGGAUUAUUGGCAAGCCUGCAAUUUUGUUGUACACUGCUGAUGCUGGAGACAAUUGGGAUCGGAUUCCUCUAAGUUCUCAGCUUCCUGGAGAUAUGGUGUUUAUAAAAGCGACAGGAGAUAAGAGCGCAGAGAUGGUUACUGAUGAAGGUGCUAUCUAUGUUACUUCAAACAAAGGAUAUAACUGGAAAGCUGCUAUUCAGGAAACUGUUUCAGCUACCUUGAACAGAACGGUAUCUAGUGGAAUCAGUGGUGCUAGUUACUACACGGGAACCUUCAGUGCCGUUAAUCGUUCACCUGACGGAAGAUAUGUCGCUGUUUCGAGCCGUGGUAACUUCUUUCUGACAUGGGAGCCUGGGCAGCCUUACUGGCAACCACACAAUAGAGCUGUUGCCCGAAGAAUUCAGAAUAUGGGAUGGAGAGCUGAUGGUGGUCUGUGGCUUCUUGUUCGUGGUGGAGGACUUUAUCUUAGCAAAGGCACUGGGAUCACAGAGGAUUUUGAAGAAGUUCCAGUACAAAGCCGUGGCUUUGGCAUUCUAGAUGUUGGAUAUCGCUCAGAGGAAGAAGCAUGGGCAGCAGGAGGCAGUGGCAUACUACUGAGAACAAGAAAUGGAGGCAAAUCAUGGAACCGUGACAAAGCUGCUGAUAAUAUCGCAGCUAACCUCUACGCAGUCAAAUUCGUGGAUGACAAGAAAGGAUUUGUGCUUGGCAACGAUGGAGUCUUGCUCCGAUACGUUGGAUGAAAAGAGUGGCAAUAAAGAAAAAAAGGUUAAAAUUGAAAUGGUUUUGUUUCAAUCCUUCUCUGCGUUUUGAUACUACAUUACACUAUUAUUGUAUACAUUCCCCUUCACAAAAUAUAUAUAAUUUUGUGUUUUUUUCUGAAAAGCUUUGUUUCUCACUGUAGUUGGAGUUGGAUUUUAUCUCAUCUGUUUAUAAACUAUUUUCAGCCAA